AUUUCACAGUAAGUUUAUAGCGAAGACGUGUUGUUUACAUUCCAGCUGAAGUGAACAUUAUUUAGAAACCAGAGUGCAUUUUAAAAGUGCAGCAAUGCAGACGAUUAAGUGUGUAGUGGUUGGAGAUGGUGCUGUGGGUAAAACCUGCCUCUUGAUUUCAUAUACCACAAAUAAGUUUCCUUCAGAGUAUGUACCAACAGUUUUUGAUAACUAUGCUGUAACUGUAAUGAUUGGAGGUGAACCAUACACUCUUGGAUUGUUUGAUACUGCAGGUCAGGAGGACUAUGAUCGGUUGCGACCACUGAGCUACCCCCAAACCGACGUCUUCUUAGUGUGUUUUUCUGUAGUUUCACCAUCAUCAUUUGAAAAUGUCAAAGAGAAGUGGGUCCCUGAAAUCACUCAUCACUGCCCAAAGACUCCGUUCCUGUUGGUUGGAACUCAAAUUGACCUUCGUGACGACCCCUCAACCAUUGAAAAACUCGCCAAAAACAAACAGAAGCCCAUUAUGCCAGAGACAGCCGAGAAACUCGCCAGGGAUCUAAAAGCAGUGAAAUAUGUGGAAUGUUCAGCUUUAACACAGAAAGGACUGAAGAACGUUUUUGAUGAGGCUAUACUCGCUGCACUGGAGCCUCCAGAGCCAAAGAAGAAGCGUAAAUGUGUUCUUUUAUGAGUUCAGCCUUUCCUUAGGUCCUUUCAGGCAUAAACAAUAUCAUCUAUUACUAUUUUCCAUAAAAAGUAAGAAUUCAUUUUAUCAAGAAAAGGACUAAAUACCGCAAUCUAUGUUUUCCUUUUUUUAUUUUCAUUAUUGCCUUAAUUGCCGUCUGAUUAAAGAAAAAGAAAAACAAUAGAAUAAGUUAGUAGCAAGCUUU